AGAAUUUAGCGAUAGAGGCAUUAGGUAGCUAUGGGAAGCGCUUGACAAGUGAUAGCGUGUUACUUGUAUGCGGCCGCAAAAUGUGACGAAUAGUACGCAGAUAAAAAAAUAAAUACAAGAUAUAUAUAUAUUUUUAAAUAUGUAGUUUAAAGAAAUAAGUUUCGUAAAAUAUUUAUUAAUAUCACCAUGCAGCCGUAAACUUCAACUCCUUCGAAGUGGAUGUGUAUUUUCAGCUUCAACACUUAGUUUGAACAAGAUGGAAGUUAUCACACCAUAAACGUUCUUCGGUGACUGACGAGAUGGGAAAAUGGGAGAUAUCAAUGAACCCAGUGCAGGAGUGGGGUGAGGAGUUUGAGGAGGGGGCGUUGUAUGGAAUCACCCUGCGUCGGGAGCCCGUCCAGAUACCAGCCAGCCCCACCGAGGCCUGGCCAUGCGUUGCCUUCGUCCAGUACCGGACCUGCAAGGUGCGCAGGCUGAAGGCAGCCACCCUGAACCGGCUGGUGAGCCACCUCCUGGACCCCUGCUGCCAGGAGCCCGACUACAGACGGAUCUUUCUGUCCACCUACCAGACCUUCACCACUACCAGGGCACUCAUUGAGCUGCUCUUCCAGAGGGACAAUGGGGCUUCAGAUGUGUACAACAGUGAAUGUCACAGGAGGCGUCUGUUGCCCCUGAUCCAGACUUGGUUGGAGGAGUACAGUGAGGACUUCCGGGAUCCUCCUCAGCACCCCUCCCUAAGGCUGCUGUUGGACCACCUGCACUGCCUGUCCUCCUUCUGUUCACUGGCCCAGCGCUCUGAAACUCUGCUUAAUAAGUUCCAGGGAGAAGAAAUGGAUACUGGUGCCCAUUCUGCCCAGGCUGAGGUUAAUCAGGAAGGCGAGAGCUCAGGGGAGGAAGGCCUAGAAUGGGACAGCCCACUGGAUCAGGGUGACAUCAUGGACUUCUCAGUCACAGGCAUCGCAGAACAGCUCACCCGACUGGACGCUGGGCUGUUUAGGAAGGUGGUUCCCUACCAGUGUCUAGGCUGUGUGUGGUCCCAGAGAGACAAGAAGGAGAACCUGUCUGCUACCGUUAGCGCCACCAUUGCCCAGUUUAAUGCAGUCACCAACCGAGUCAUCACCUCCCUGCUCUGCCGGCCCACCUCCAGCCCCUCUUCUGUCCUCAGGGCCUCCAGUCCAGCUCAGAGGGCCUGCGUCAUUGAGAAGUGGAUCAGAGUAGGACAGGAGUGUCGGCAGCUGAAGAAUUUCUCCUCUUUGAGGGCCAUCCUAUCUGCCCUUCAGUCCAAUGCUGUCUACAGGCUGAGGAAGACGUGGGCUGCUGUGUGUAGGGACAGCGUGGCCAUCUUUGAUAACCUCUGUGAAACCUUCCCUGAUGAGAACUGUGUGUUGAGCAACAGAGAGAUCAUUGUGGGGGAUGGAAGCCAAACAGCCAUGGAUAACAUUUCUCCCAAGAUAUCCAAGCGAUGUCCUAUUGCCAGACAGAUGAGCACCUCCAAUGGGGUUGUUCCUUACCUGGGCACAUACCUGACUAUCCUCACAAUGCUGGACACUGCUCUACCAGAUACUGUGGAGGGGGACCUCAUAAACUUUGAAAAGAGGAGGAGGGAGUUUGAGAUUCUCUCUCAGAUCCGGCAGCUCCAAGCCUCCUGCUCUCAGUACAACCUGCCCCAUCACACCAGGAUCACUGCCUGGUUGCAGGGCCAGAAGCUGCUCACUGACCAGGAGAGCUAUGAACUGUCCAAAAACCUGGAGCCUCCAAUAGACCUCUGCUCCCCAAGCGCCUGGAGCCACCGUUUGCUCAGCAAGAAACUGUCCUCACUCCUGAAAGUGAGUGAGGGAUCCAGCAGGAAAACCCAUGCAGACCAGAUCAGUGUGUCGUCUUCAGGGUCCAGUGGCUCUGAGAUGGAGGAUCUCUCCACCCCUCCCUCCACACUCCGACUGCAGUCUCUGUCCAGCUCCUUUCAAAAUGUGGCGGAGGCCUUACCCUCCUCCCUGGAUGGCUCCACUCCCUCCAGUUGUUCCUCCAGUUCUCAGCCUGACCUCUCUGCUCCAGUGGCUGCCCACCCUAAACCCAUGCUGGCCUCUCAUCACAAGCGCUCUGUGUCCAUGACCUCCCUCCCCCUCUACAACAGACAGGUGGCUGACUCCUGUAUAGUGAGGGUCAGUGUGGAGGCUGGCAAUGGAAACAUGUACAAGAGCAUCCUGCUGACUAGUCAGGACAAAACUGCCCAGGUGAUCCAGAGGGCCCUGGAAAAACACAACCUGGAGCACCUGACCUGUCAAGACUUCACCCUCACACAGUUGAUCUCCCAGGAAAGAGAGUUACUCAUUCCGGACAAAGCUAACGUCUUCUACGCCAUGUGCACGUCAGCGAACUUUGACUUUGUUCUGCAUCAGUGUCCACUGGGUCAAAAGAAACCUCUGUGUGCUACUUCCAGCCUUGGACGUUAUUCAAAGUAGACACCGUUCUAUGGCAAUGAUGAGUAACUGCAAACUAGGACUGAGUUCAAAGGAUUUUGUACGGACAUUUACCUGGUUGUAGUUUUUGUUUUUAAUAACUUUAUUUUAUGACGAAAAUCAUGUUUAAAUGUUCCAUGAUGGACAGACCCCUGCUUGGUUUGUUGUCAAGUGGGUGCCAUGAGAGGAACAGGUGGAAGAUGAUAGUAUGAUGGCACGUCAUGUAAAAUACACGUGUUGUGUGUGUAUAUACGUCUGAAGACAACAGAUUUGGGGCUUCAUUUUUGAACAGAAUGUCCUUUAUUUAUUGGUGGAGCGAACUCUACAUGAAUUCCACCAUUCAACACUCAACAUUCCUACUAGACAUCCCUGAGAUGCUUUACUUUGUGGAAAGGAGUCACAUUGGAACAGCAUCAGCAGUGACUCUCUCCCUCAGUCACACACCAAUAUACAGACACGUAAUAGUUGUUUCCUCUUGUCUCUUCUCCUCUGAGCAAAACCAGUCACCUAUUUGUUUUAAUGAGAGACAUGACUGACGUUUCCCAACAGGGAGAGACACCCUAUGAGCCUUAAAAGGGAAUGAGGUCACAGGAGACGGCCUGCCACCUGAGCAGUGGAUGGGAAUGUUCUCACCCGGAUCACUAUGUUCCCCAGGGUAUCAGCCCGCCUUCAUGGCGAUACUGAUUGGGGCUGUGCGUGUGAAAGGUGGGACUGCCCUGACUGGCUGGAUAGCAUUCCACAUAUGCUACAGUCAGCUGCUGUAGAGGGGACACUGACAAACAUUUAUGGACUCAGACUGUCAAAGUUUUAAUGAUGGUGAUAAUGUGUGUGUUAAAUGGUUCUGUGUUGCAUUUCAGUGUUAAUACUUAGAUUAUUUUUUUUUUACAUUGUUUUCUAUUUUUCUCCUGUAAUGCUCUUGAUGAUUAGGUGGGCCUCCAUGGCUGUGUUGCCUAGCUACCCAAACUACUUGUUCCGGCCAAAUGCCACGCCAACGGACGUUAAUUUCUCCUCCGCAAUGAGUUUGGAUCUGAUUACCUCCCUGAUGAUUUCUAGAAUGAAAAUCCAAUCUAGACCGUCUGAUUGGUUCCAGAAACCAAUGUGUUGAGCCAGAACACGUGGGUAAAUGGGCAUUUUGAAAAUGAGUCAUUGGCUUUGAUAUGCUGAUGGGUUAGAUAUGAUCAACUGCUGAUGCCUUGUUUUGUACAACACCCCUCAUUAUGACGUCGCCACAAACGACUUCAAUGAUUGCACUCUCAGACUGAAGUCUGUUACCAACGAUAGAACAGAGGAAGAAUUCAGUUUGAGUCAUCAGGCAAGGCUGUGUGCACUUGUCAAUUGAAUGUAAAGUAUACUGAACGAAAAUAUAAGCGCAACAAUUUCAAAUAAUUUUACUGAGUUAAAGUUCACGUAAGGAAAUCAGUCAAAUUAAAUAAAAUCAUUAGGCCCUAAUCUAUGGAUUUCACAUGACUGGGCAGGGGCGCAGACAUCGGUGGGCCUGGGAGGGCAUAGGACCACCCACUUGGGAGACUGGCACACACACUGGGGAGCAAGGCCCAGCCAAUCAGAAUGAUUUUUUUCCCACAAAAGUUUUUUUUAUUACAGACCGAAAUACUCCUCAGUUUCAUCAGCUGUCCGGGUGGCUGGUAUCAGACGAUCCCACAGAUGAAGAAGCUGGAUGUGUAGGUCCUGGACUGGCAUAGUUACACGUGGUCUGCGGUUCUGAGGCCGGUUGGCCGUACUGUCAAAUUCUCUAAAACAACGGCUUAUGGUACAGAAAUGAACAUGCAGUUCUCGCGCAACAGCUCUGGUGGACAUUCCUGCAGUCAGCAUGCAAAUUGCCCAUUCCUUCAAAACAUCUGUGGCAUUGUGUUGUGUGACAACUGCACAUGUUAGACUGGCCUUUUAUUGUCAGCAGCACAAGCUGUACCUGUGUAAUGAUCAAGCUGUUUUAAUCAGCUCCUUGAUAUGCCACACCUGUCAGGUGGAUGGAUUAUCUUAGCAAAGGAAAAAAUGCUCACUAACCGGGAUGUAAACAAAUUUGUGCACAACAUUUGAGUGAAAUAAGCUUUUUGUGCAUAUAGAAACAUUUCUGUGAUCUUUUAUUUUAGCUCAUGAAAUCAUGGGACCAAGACUUUACAUGUUGCAUUUGUAUUUUUGUUGAGUUUUUAUUCUAAACCAUGCCAGGUUUCUUGACUGUUUAAAACUUGCAGAUGAAUCACCGAUUGAUAGGCAUUUCCAAAAUAGUUUUUUAAAAAUAUCAGUGUACGACACUACAGUAGCUCAAUUUAGAUGUUUAGAAGGACUAUCAUGCAAAUAAGUGUUUGAUAUAUUAAAGCUUUCCACUAUGAUUGAACCAAGUUGGUUAUGCAACAUUCUGAAAAAAGGUGAAAAGAAAUUCAAACACUUAGGCGCUAUAAAUAACUCGAGGUGCUUUCAUCUGCCAGAUCAUUGACGUACCCCUUUCAUCCAGCGCUUGCAAAUGGGUCAUUUGAACCCUAAGGUUGCUUAGUUGUCUCUUUGAGAUGAAUAGCGUUGUGUUAAAGAUAUAUGACUUGUACAAUGCUAUGUGAAAAUCCUGCAAACAUGAAAAAAAUGAUUGAUUCAAGCAAAAGGACAUCUCAGAAAUGCCUGCACUUUUACUGAGCUGCCCAGUUUCAUUGUCUCUGUGCUCCAAAUAACGUUUCUCUACACCU